UACUUUUUUAUUUAGUUUUGUGCGUGUUGCAGAUCGAAGCUCUGCUCUGUUGUGACGUUCGAAGAAAUCAGUGAGUGUGUUUCAUACUUUCUUCUGUGGGGAUCGUACAGAGAAGUCUGCUAAUCAAUAUUCAACGCACAAAAGUAAACAAUUAACUAACUACACUGAGCCACAACCUCGAUAAAGAGACGACUGUGCACUUUGUCAUUCUCAUGUUUUCCUGACUGAGGUUAUUAAUCUUGGAAACAGGUAAAGCACAGGCCAUCUGUCAGAUAUACAACGCCUGAUUUCGCCUUAAAAACUUUCAGACGAGCCCUUGCUGCCGGGAGAUUAAUACUGUUUUGUCCAAGAGUCAGAACUGUUUGAUCACUAGAUUGGAGUGAUUACUCUAAAAACACUAUCUUGCAAUACAUACGGACAAUAUCAGUAAAUCCUCAGAAAUGGCAGGUUGUUCCAGCAACAAGUGCAGCCGGAAACGUCGGAUGACAGAGGAAAUUAUGAAUGAACAUUUCUUACACGAGCAGAUUGGGAACAAGUGGAGAGACCUGGCACGACAACUUAAGUUCACAGAGGCUGUCAUUGGCACUAUCGAGAGUGACAAGGGCGCUUCUACUAACGAAUGCUGCAUUGCGGUCAUCGUAAGGUGGAUUAAUCAGAAGGGAGAGGAUGCUACUGUCGAAAAGUUUGCUGGAGUUUUGAUAACGAUAGGACUCAGGAACGUGGCUGAAAAACUUCCGGGUCUUUUGCCAUCAGAAGAGAACGACGAGGUAGGAAGAAACGUCUCAAAUCAAAUGGAGAGUACAAUUUAUGAAAUAGAGAAAAACUGUAAACAAUUGAGAAAAGAGCACCACCAAUUGCAAGUGAGAAAGCAAGAGCUCGAAAAAGAAAAGCAGAGUAUGACAAAACAGCUUCAAGACAGUUUAGAAGAGAGCCAGAAAUUACGCACAAGAAUUCAAGAACUGGAGGAGGAACUGUCUAGAGUAAAACAACAGCUUCACGAAACUUCCCAAGAGAGUCAAGAGUGGAAGACCAGAACUUUAAAACUGGAAAAGGAGUUGGCUGGAAUAAGAGAAGACAAGUCAGAACUGGACUUGGCCGAGAACUUCGAUAAUUCGGCCCGAGAGGGUGAUUCUGAAGCUACCAGAAAUUCUCUCGCACCAGGUCGAGGAGAUACAGAGGGUGAAAUCGACGCAAAGCUGAAAGAACUUAAUGAGCUCCUUCGCGCAAAUGUAACAUUUAUACUGCAAGUGCCAGAAGUAAAGGAAGACAAACUGAAAGUUCCUGUCCAGCUCGACCUUUUAUCGAGACUCAGUUUUAGUUUACAGGAGUUAUACACCUCAGUCCUCUCCAUGGGGGCUAAGUGUUGUAAAUGCAGUGAAGAGGUGAGACGAGAAUUUUACGACUUCGCGUAUCACGGUCUCAGAGCAGAACACAAUGAUGUGGUGCAUCGAGUUGAGGAUUUGGAAAUGGCACAAGGAGAAAUGACCGCCGAAGAAAAAAAGGAUUUUGGUAAACUCCAACAACUUCAGACCAAUCGACAGAGACAGGUUGAUAGGCUAGAAAAGCUAUGGAGAGGUCUAUUCUCACCGGAUUUGAGACGACAAUGUACAGACCCUGGCGCCAAACCCAAGCAGAUUAGGCCAGGUGAACAGAAGACCAGCCCAGAAACAACAACAACAUCGAGCGAGGAUGAAAAAUACGAAGUGUGUUUCAAAAAGUCCAAAAAGACCACGAUGACGACACUUUUCAAGAAAAAAGAAAUCGUAGAAAAAACGUGUCACCUUACGUCCUUUACAGCAAGAAAGCACAGGGAUUCUUGACUGCCUUAGGGAAGAUAGUAAGAUCUCACAUAACACUAAGGGACUAAUUGACGUAAAUCUAGCAAACGCACAUAGUCAACAAGAUUUCACAAGACACAAAGUCAACGAAAAGAUCUAGCUAAAGACACAAAGUCAGCGAAGACUUAACAAACCUACGAAGUCACAUUAGAGCGGUUAGCCCUUCACACCCUGACAUCAGUGUGCACAUUCUCCAUACUGUUCUUUUUACA